AUGGCGUUGUUGGCCCACGAGUUUGAUGCCACGACCCAGCAGCGACUCGCCCACGCACUUACUAAUUCCAGCCGACCCACCCCAACACGCCGCUCGGGCCCCCUGGGCGUAUCGUUCAUGAGUCUAUUGUACAUGAGCGACGCGCCCGUAUCCGCCGCAGUUCCUCUUAGUCCCUGGUCGCCCACUGCGUACGCUCCGCUCACCUUCUCCUCCCCCCUGUAA